GUAGAAGAGAGUGAGAGUCUCUGUCACACACAACUUCCUUCCGCCUUCCAAAAGAGAGAGAGAGAGAGAGAGAGAGAGAGAAACAGUGUCGUUUUGAGACAAUGAGUCGGAAAAUGGAAUCGAACGCAGGCAGCUCCGGCGAGAACAGUUCUCCGACUCCAUUGAGGAACCCAUUUCAGAAAAGUGGGAGUCAGCCGGGGUACGAGGUGACUGAGACGAAGAAGGCGAUGGUGAUGAGAGCUGACUUGCCUGGGUGUCCCGAGUCAGACCUCACCUACUGGGUCGACACCGUAGGCAACAACGUCCACUUCUUCGCCGACGAACCAGCCAUGCCCGAGUACGAAAACGCCGGACGCAAGUACGGAGGCUCCAUGGUGGUCAACCCAAAGGCGUUCGACUUGAAGAAAGCUCAGGUGAAGCUUAUCAACGGAGUGCUCUGGAUCACCGUCCCUAAGUUCCCCGGCAAAAAGGCCUCCCUUGGUGUCGUUCAGAAGCUCAUUCAUUUACCCGAAGUCCCGAACAAACCACACCACCGCACCUGAUUUGUGUUGUCUCUUCUUGAUUUGGUUUGUGGUCUAGCUAGUGUCUCUAUCUAUCUAUCAAUGACUUGCUCAUGCAGCGCUGGUUUAUGUUUAUGAUCUAAUUUCUUUGAUGGUUUAAGAACGCUCUCUUGCUUCUUCUAUAUUAUAUGCAUUUCAAUAAAUGAAAAAAGUUGUCAAUC